AUGGCAGACUCCAGGUCACCUUGCAUUCGUUCUUCAGACCCUUCCACUUCUGCUCGGCGGGUGUCUCAGCAAAGUGUCCGAUUUGCAGACGCAGACCAAUAUGCACCUCUCAUUCCUAGCCGGCUGCGGGAGACCACGAUUCUCUCCCCCGAAGACAAGAUGACAAGAUCCAGGUCCCGUGAAGAUACAAGUGACGAGGAAAAUCAGCGUCUCCCCCCGCCGACCUUGAACUUGGCGGCCGACGAAAAUACACCUCUCAUUGCUGAACCGGAACCUUUGGUGAACGAGGAAGGGGACAGCGUUCAAGGAGAACUCGUCGAACCUUCGACGCAGUCGCUACAUGCUCGGAAUAAUGCCCUGGGGAACUAUCACCACAGCCGUCUUUGUGGCCUCAUGAACUGCGAUCACGGAACGUUUUCUCCCAGAGCUCCUUCGGUCGAAAGUGAGGGGAGCACCAAUCUCUCCUUCGGUGGUCGAUACGCCGAUGACAUGGCCGCCGAUGGCAGUCCACGGGACCCGGUCCGCGGCAUCCUGGGCGAGGCUGUCACCGACACUCUUGCACCGAGUAAGAGCCUGAGCACGACCAGAUGGCUGGCCGAAAGACACGGGAUUAAGAGCCACCGAUACAUGUACUUCUCCUACUAUUUCCCUUUCGUCAAGUGGGUCGGUCAAUACCGCUGGAGCUGGUUCCAGGGUGAUCUGGUCGCUGCUCUCACCAUGGCAUCCUUUUACAUCCCGAUGUCCCUCUCAUACGCUGCAAACCUUGCACACAUACCCCCAAUCAAUGGGCUUUAUUCGUUUGUCUUCAACCCGUUAAUCUAUGCAUUCUUGGGUACUUGCCCGCAGAUGGUCGUUGGGCCUGAAGCAGCAGGGUCUUUGCUGGUUGGCCAGGUGGUCAAGACAUGCAUUGACAGAGGCGAAUCCCAGGAUGACGAUUCUAAGCUCAAUGCUGAAAUCGCCGGCGUGGUGACUGCAAUGGCAGGAGGCAUCAUCUUCGUCGCUGGCCUGGCAAGGCUUGGGUUUCUCGACAGCGUCCUCAGUCGACCUUUUCUUCGAGGCUUUAUUAGCGCCAUCGGGUUCGUCAUCAUUGUUGAUCAGUUGAUUCCCGAGUUGGGCCUCGCCGAAGCCGCGAAAGAAGCGGAGGGCGUGUCACACGGGAGCAGUGCUCAAAAGCUGGCAUUCCUGGGUAGGAACAUCGGAGAUGCUCACGCUUUGACUGCCGCAGUCUCUUUUGGAGCCUUUACCGUCAUCAUGGUUUUCCGGUAUCUCAAACAACAACUACAGCCCAGAUAUCACUGGGUAGCAUACUUUCCUGAUCGCUUCCUUGUAGUCGCUCUCUCGGCAGUUCUGGCCUGGGCAUAUUCUUGGGACAAGCAUGGCCUCGAUGUCCUUGGUGAAGUCAAAUCAUCUGGUGGAACGGCCAUCCCAUUCCAUUGGCCCUUCCAGUUCCGGCAUAUGAAACAUAUCGACACGGCCUUGAGCACGUCCUUCUUGAUUGCAUUACUGGGAUUCUUCGAAUCGUCGGUCGCGGCCAAGGGCCUCGGAGAAGGGGGCCAAGUCAAGCACAUGACGCUCAGCGCGAAUCGAGAGUUGAUUGCUUUGGGCACUGCGAACAUUGCAGGUGGCUUCUUCAUGGCUCUGCCUGCGUUCGGUGGUUAUGGACGGAGCAAAGUGAAUGCGGCGACCGGAGGCACCACCCCGAUGAGCAGCAUUCUCCUCAGUCUCAUCACCUUCAUCUGUGUGUUGUUCGUCGUUCCUUAUUUCUACUACCUCCCCAAGGGCGUUCUUUCGGCCAUGGUUUCGGUUGUCGCAUACUCUCUGAUCGAAGAAUGCCCUCACGACAUCAAGUUCUUUGUCAAGAUUAGAGGCUGGACAGAGUUAUCGCUGAUGACGAUCAUCUUUGUGGCCACGGUUUUCUAUUCUCUGUCGGUCGGAAUGGCCCUCGGCAUUGGCCUGUCCCUGUUGGCCUUGAUCCGUCACGCCACGAAGCCUAGGAUCCAAAUCCUCGGCAAAGUGCCCGGGACGGCAAAUCAGUUCGAGAAUGCGGAACUUACACCCGAGAAUAUAGAGUAUAUCGAAGGUUGCUUGAUCGUCAAGAUCCCUGAGCCGCUCACUUUCGCAAAUACGGGAGAACUGAAAAACCGACUCAGACGGUUGGAGCAGUACGGCACCAAUGCUGCUCAUCCUUCAUUGCCACGAGUGCGCCACGAGGAUAAUAACCGCAAUAUCAUCUUUGAUGUGCACGGCGUCACCACCAUUGACGGAUCUGGAACUCAAGUAUUUACUGAAAUCGUGGAAGAUUACGUAAAGCGCGGCAUUCGUGUUAUCUUUUGCAGGUUACCUCAGAGACGGAGUCAAGUUUACAAAAGUUUUGAGAGGAGCGGCAUUGUUGGGUUGGUUGGCGGCACGAGACACUUUGUGGGCAGUGUGGAGGAGGCGUUGAGGUUGAGUGAAGCAGAGGAUUUGGAGGAGUAUUUCGACGAGAGGUUGACCGGACAUCAAGAGCAUCAGCAUCACUAG